AUGGACCAGACUCUUACCUACUCUGAGUUUAUGCGUCGGCUUGACAACAAGGGAUUAGAUGAUGACAUGUCCCAGUUAUCAAAAGAGCCCAAGAGUGCAAGCGAACUCAACGAUGCUGCACAGGAGCUCCUGAGAAAUAAAUACGGUGGUGAAAUCGAUCCUGGGAAAAUCGACCCUGAGCUCCGUGGCAAAAAGCUCAAUGCCCCAAGCAACCUAGAUGACCCCACACCCCCCAGGGCUCUUCCUGGACUAAGGAUGAUCCCUUCCGAACUUCCUACACUCUGGCGCACGAAUGGAAACAACGAAAAGGCUACAGAAGCCAUCAACGACCGUUGGGACCGCAUCAAGAAUAUCAAUCAGAACAUUGUGACUCUGCGGCAAGAGGAUACGCAAAGUUAUAUUGCUAAGCUAUUUCGAAAACCUACUAAAAACAAAGGACUUGGACUUCGCGAUGACGGCUCUGUUAAGACAACCAAGGAGAAAUCUGCAAUCGACAUUGGGCCUAAAUAUGACAAGGUUGACAUUGACGCGACUCUCUCAGCGAAUAAAGAUAAGCUCAAGGCCCAAGGCUUGGGGAGCAAAAAGGAGUUGGCAAGAUGGGUUAAUGGACUUGGGAAUCCCGAAAGCAAAGCCAAGAAUGGAUACGCUGAUGCUUAA